AUGGAGACCGAAAUCCGGGCUCUCAUCCCAAACAUCGACCCGGUCGUGUCCGAGUACUCUGUGGGCUACCUCACACAUGCCUCGACCACCUGGUCCGGUUCCGGCUCCGAAGACGACGAAGCGGGCGGUGAGGGCGGCUCAUCGGCCCCGCUGGCCGACGCCGCCGCCGCCGUCACAGAGCUGCUGUUGUCUGCCGCGGGCGACCCGGAGAAUGCUGCCGUGCGCGAGCGCAUCAACAAGCUCGUGAUGAAGUGGGUGGACAAGUACGCCGAGGCCGCCGGCGGCAACGCCCUGGGGGGCGCGUCGACCGUGCGCCGGCUGGACCAGACCUUCCAGGUCAGCGCACAGCGCAACAUGUCGUCGACGCUGGCGGUGGCGUCGGGCGGCGUCGACCUGGAGUCGGCCAACACGCGGAAAGUCGAGUCCAAGGUCGACAAGAAGAAGCUCGAAAAGGCCGAGCGCAAGAUUGCGGCCAAGCAGAACAAGAAGACGUACAAGACGGUCGAGUACGAGGCGUCGCGCCUGCUCCACCAGCCCGACGCCGCACAGUCGUACGAGGAGUUCUACAUGGCCGUCAACCCGCUGCAGCUGGGCCAGUCGUCGGCCGGCAAGCCCAAGGACAUCAAGCUGGACAACAUUGACGUCAACAUUGCGGGCACGCGCAUCCUGACGGACACCAACCUGUCGCUCUCCUACGGCCACCGCUACGGCCUGGUCGGCAACAACGGCGUCGGCAAAUCGACGCUGCUGCGCGCCCUGUCGCGCCGCGACCUGCCCGUCCCCACGCACAUUUCCAUCCUGCACGUCGAGCAGGAAAUCACCGGCGACGACACCUCGGCCCUGCAGGCCGUGCUCGACGCCGACGUCUGGCGCAAGAUCCUGCUCAAGGAGCAGGCCGACAUCACCGACGGCCUGGCCACCAUCGAGGCCCAGCGGUCGUCCCUGGCCGACACGUCCACCGACGCGACGCGCCUCGACCGCGAGCGCGAGGCGCUCGACCAGCGCCUCGGCGACGUCCAGGGCAAGCUGUCCGAGAUGGAGUCCGACAAGGCCGAGUCGCGCGCCGCCAGCAUCCUGGCGGGCCUGGGCUUCUCGCCCGAGCGCCAGCAGUUUGCCACCAAGACCUUCUCGGGCGGCUGGCGCAUGCGCCUGGCGCUGGCGCGCGCCCUCUUCUGCGAGCCCGACCUGCUGCUGCUCGACGAGCCGUCCAACAUGCUGGACGUGCCGUCCAUCACCUUCCUGUCCAACUACCUGCAGGGCUACCCGAGCACCGUGCUCGUCGUGUCCCACGACCGCGCGUUCCUCAACGAGGUCGCCACCGACAUCAUCCACCAGCACGCGGAGCGCCUCGACUACUACCGCGGCGCCAACUUUGACGCCUUUUACGCCACGCGCGAGGAGCGCAAGAAGACGGCGCGCCGCGAGUACGAGAACCAGAUGGCCGUCCGCGCGCACCUCCAGGCCUUCAUCGACAAGUUCCGCUACAACGCCGCCAAGUCGUCCGAGGCCCAGUCGCGCAUCAAGAAGCUCGAGCGCAUGCCCGUGCUCGAGCCGCCCGAGACCGAGUACAGCGUCCACUUCCGCUUCCCCGACGUCGAGAAGCUGUCGCCCCCCAUCGUCCAGCUGUCCGGCGUCACCUUUGGCUACAGCGCCGACAAGGUCCUGCUGCGCGACGUCGACCUCGACGUCCAGCUCGACUCGCGCAUCGGCAUCGUCGGCCCCAACGGCGCCGGCAAGACCACCGUCCUCAAGCUGCUCACCGGCCGCCUGCAGCCGCUGUCCGGCAUCAUGUCCAUGCACCCGCGCCUGCGCGUCGGCUUCUUCGCGCAGCACCACGUCGACGCCCUCGACCUCACCAUGUCCGCCGUCUCCUUCAUGGCCAAGACGUACCCCGGCAGCACCGACGAGGACUACCGCCGCCAGCUCGGCGCCUUUGGCAUCACCGGCACCACCGGCCUGCAAAAGAUGGAGGUGCUGUCCGGCGGCCAAAAGUCGCGCGUCGCCUUUGCCUGCCUGGCCCUCACCAACCCCCACAUCCUCGUGCUCGACGAGCCGUCCAACCACCUGGACAUUGAGGCCAUGGAUGCCCUGGCCGACGCGCUCAACCAGUUCGAGGGCGGCGUGCUCAUGGUCAGCCACGACGUCACCAUGCUGCAGACCGUGUGCAAGAGCUUGUGGGUGUGCGACGGCGGCACCGUCGAGAAGUUUGCCGGUGAUGUGCAGCAGUACAAGAAACGUAUUGCUGCGCAAGCAAACGCGGCCGGCGUGGUACAAGCGCAUUAA